AUGAAAAAACUCGUGAAAACGCUCUCUCGAAAUUUUCACUCAUCUAUCUCUUCCUCUAACAACAACAACAAUAACAACAAUAUCGAUCCUUGUCAUUCAACAAAUAACUCAAAUUUACUCUCACUUCCUCAACAACAUGCCGUCAGUCAUCAUCAUCGGGAGCACUUGUCUUCAUCGACGGGAACCCUUGAAUUGCCAUCAUCGUCUUAUCACCAUAGCUACGAUGAUUUAGAACAAUGUCGAGAGGAUGAUUACAAUUUGUCGUCUUCCUCUUCCAACUAUGGUUUGACAGUCAAACCUAAAAAGAAGAGAUCAUUCUUUUCCAAGUCUCAGAAUGAGUUGCAUGAGAUGAAGGGAGGAAAUACAGGAAUGAAUACGAAUUGGAGUCAACAGAUAGCAAAUGGUUUGCAAAUACUGAGUCGUCGAGAGUCAAGUGCCACUGUCACUUGUCAAUCAAGGUCAAAACGACCUGUCUUGACAUUCACUCUCGAUCUUCUUUCGGCAGAUGUCUUGCAGUACAUCUUGUCGUUUUUACCAUGCCAAUCGGUUCAUACUUGCUUUGCCGAUGAAUACAAAACUUAUGUGAAACUUUACAAAGCCAUUCAACAAGGUAUUCAACAAUUCCCGAAACGUAAAACAGAAACCCUCAAUUCCAAACAAAAGAAACAACUCAAAAAGCUAAUCUAUUCCAACGACAAUUCUCCCAACAUGAAUUCUUCCUAUUACGGAAUAUUUUCUCUCUGUUUCACUAAAAAAUAUUUUCUCGAAGAAUUGUAUGAACAAGUUUCAUUUUGGCAAUUCCUUUGCGAACACUUUUACAAAGUUGAUAUUUCUCGAUUCAAUGAAAUGAAAGCCAAACUCAUGAGAUGCAAAAUAUUGAAAGAAAAUGAUUCACCACUUAUUUGCUGGAAACAAAUUUUUAGAUAUUACAAUGAAUAUAUUGCACGUUGGGAGACAGAUAUGGUUUACAAUAUUUUCAAAAUUUCAAGACAAGACACAAAAAUCUCUCGAAUUUACAAAGAGAAGAAAACCUCUUGGACCAGUCAACUUGCUUACAAUCUAAAAGAAGAGACUCUUCGUACUGUAUUUUCUUCUAACAAUUCCAACUCGGAUUAUUAUGCUAUCACUUCCACAAGUUUUGAACCCAACAACUUGUAUUAUUUUGAAUUUACAUGUAAAUACAGCACUCAGUCGAGAAUUGCUGUUGGAGUGGUUCCCAAUACGAAUGCUUUUUAUAAGGAUCAGUUGGAAAGUGUCAAUGAUACAUCACAAGACAAUCAUCAAAUUGAUUUGGAUUCUUCCUUUUCUUCUGUCACUUCGAAUCAUGAUGUGGAUACCCAUAAUGCAGCAAAGAAUGGAUCUAGAAAUGAAGCAACACAACCAUUUAAUCCACUCGAGUAUAGACCACCGACUGAUGUGCCCUGUAUGUCCUUAUUGGAGAACACAGAAGAGGGACAAUUGUUUUUACCAGGUGAUAAGAUUGGUGUCAUUUGUGAUUAUUCAUUUAGUGAAAAGAAUGUACUCAAGUUGUAUUUCUGUUUGAAUUGGGACUCCACCAAAGAGUAUACUUGUUUCAAAAAGACUCUCGAACGAAUUAGACAUGUUGAAAGAGAUUCCUCCUGUCCAUUUUCAUUGCACGAAGAAAAAGUGUGUGCCUAUCUUCUUAAAUAUGAUUUACACAACAUGCAAAAAGAAGUUUUUCAAUUGAAUGGUACUACGGUUGGACAUUCCGCAAGCUCUUCGAGAAGUUUCUUCAGUACAUCCACUGCAUCCAUGCCUGCUUCAGCAUUGACUGCCUUGCAUGACAAUCCUGCCAAUCACAGCUCACCUAAUUUAGUAUCAUCCUCUAACAAAACUCUUUCUAACUCUCUGACGAAUAAUAAUGGUAAUACUAACUCUGUCACAACAUCACAAUCUCACAUGAAAAACAACUUGUCUAACUCUCUCUCACCAAAUCCACUCUAUGAAGAAAGAAUCAUGGCUCCCUUUAAGAAACACGACAUUCGGCUUGUUUACUUUAUUCCCAAUUUUAGGAAUUCCACAGAGCAACAUUUCCAAUUUCCAAAAUGUUACAAAUCCAAUCAGAGGCGUGAAUUAAUCUCUUUCUUGAAAGUGAAUGAACGAGUGUUGCAUUCCAAUGACGUAAAUUCCGAUCAGCCAAAUCUUCCAUCUCGUUCAUUGAAUUCUUCAUUCGAUCCGAGUAAGGAAAGGCCAACUUCUUCCACUGCCGAGUUGAAUUUACCAGACUUGAAACUGUGCAUGUCUUCAUUGGAAGUUGGAGAUGCAGUUUUCAUUACCAAGCCAUCAUUACCCUAUCCUCCAUUGUACUAUCAUUUAUUGGUCACAAAGCAACACAAAACAUCUCAUCAUUAA